AAAGGCCAAAGACGCCUAGAGGUAGAGCCCUAAUCGCCUUCUCUCUCUAUCUCCCCCUCUCUCUCUCUCUCUAACAACAACAAGCCCUCCAAGCUCGAUUGCUGAUUUCCCUCAAUUUCCCCUGUUUCUUUAAUUGCUGCUCAACUCGAGGAUUUUGGGGCCUGCCGAGUGUCCCAAGUUACUUCAUUAAUUGAAUCAGGAUUCACGCAACGGUGCAGCGAUUCGAAGUAGUUCCGAGUUGAAAUUGCGUCUGAGCGUGUUGGAUUUCGAAGAAAUUCUGUUCGACUGUGCGUGGAGUAAGAGCUGUUGACUGUUCGUACUGAGGUUUGACUUGCGAUGGGUGGGGUGAACCCAACAGUUAGGGUUUUUUAAUUUUUCUGUGUCUAUUUCGGGAAUUGAAGAAGAUGGAUUGGUCGGAUUCUCUUAUGUGAUUGGGAUUUGAUUAUUUUGAUUUAAUUUUGAUGGUAACAUGGAUAGGCAUUGCCCACGAAUCGAUACUCUCGAGCUGAAGAAUCAUAUAGAGCUAAGGCUGGGGCAUAACAAGGCUGAGAAAUAUUUCAAUCUCUUGAAUAUGUUCUUCAAUGGCCGAAUCCGAAAACCAGAGUUUGAUAAGCUCUGCAUUGGGGUAAUAGGGAGAGAGAAUGUCUCUCUCCACAAUGGACUACUUAGGGCGAUUCUCCGCAAUGCUUCUGCCGCGAAAGCUCCUCCUAACAAAGAUGGGAAAGUCCAAAAUUCGGUGAAUUCGAAGGUGCCGAAUGGAUACCAUAGCAAUCUUCAGUCGUUAUGCCGGGGUGUGUUUCCUCCAUCUCCAAGAAAGGGGAGGAGCCCGACAAUUCGCGAUCGUAAAUCGAAGGACCGUCCAAGCCCGCUCGGGCCUCAUGGGAAGCCUCGGAGUGUCGGUGGCGAGGAUUCGGUGACGAGAGUGCAAGAGCAGCAAAGUGGGACGGAGAUAGUGUCUUUAGGCAGCAGACCUUUUGAAGUCGUCACUUCUAUGGAGGAGGGUGAGGAGGUUGAGCAAGUUGCUGGAAGUAUGGGAAUUCAUAGUCGAGGUCCUCUUAGAGCUCCUCUUGGGGUUUGUCUUCGUGCAAAGAUGCCGAGGAAGGUGAUAAGCUCAGGACUCUCUGCAGAUUUGGACAAAUGCCAUAACAAUUACGAGCUUCCUGACACAGCUUGGUUAAGGAAAAGAAUGGAGCAGAAAGUAGGGAUGAAGGGAUUAUCCGUCUCCACUGAUUGUGUCAACUUAUUAAACAAUGGGCUCGAUGUUUUCAUGAAAAGAUUGAUCAAGCCUUGUCUUGAUUCAGCUGUUAGCCGAUCUGAAUUCAAGCUUCCAAAUAAAAUUCAUCAUCAGGCAUCUUUUGUGAAUGGGGUUAGGCCACUGACGACGUACACGCACAAGUCUCCUGUGUCGAUAACAGACUUUCAAGUUGCGAUGCAGUCGAAUCCUAGUGUGCUUGGAGAAGAUUGGCCUGUACAGCUUGAGAAGAUCUGCUUACGUGCGUUGUCGGAUGAAUAUAUGCACGGAUAGGCUGUUCUUUGUCGUGAUGCAGUGACUUACAUUAUGAUGACUCUAGAAGCUCCUCUCCUAACAGUGUUGACACAAUUCAUGUGAUCUUAUGUGGUGGUCUAUAAGCUGCUCGAAAAUUUUGGAUCAAGUUUGUUAGAUUGUAUAUAUGUUACAGAGCUGAUUAUUUCCAAAGUGGGAGUUCUUACCUCAUAAAGUGCAAAGGGAUAUGGAUACUUGUAAGAUAGUGGCCAUUUCAUAUAGUUUGGUAGAGUUCUUCAACUAAUAUUUUGUUUCCUUUGUCCCAUUGAAGUUUUAUCUGUUAAUAAAGUUUCUUUUAUUUUGGAAAUUAAGGUGUUGUUAUGCAGCUUUCUCGAAGGUUUUCCAUUUGAUUAUCAUGCAAAGAUCAAAUGGGAAAUAUAUAUUAUAUGAGGUCAGGUAUAUUUAAUUUUGAUUAUAUUCUAAAUCUUCUUUGAUAAGGUGAAGCCAAAUUCGCCCAAGGUAACUCCUCUUUUAUCAAUAUAUUUAUUUGUUUCUUAUUUUCAAUUAGAUUU